AUGAGAUUUCGUUCACUUAAGAGGAUCUUUUGGAAGGAGGAAGCCUUACUAACGGUGGUCCUAGUAGUUGGUAUAACUAUUGCUUACUACGUUCUGAUGAAUAUUGUGCUGCCGGAGCUGCUAAAUAUUGGGAGUCCAGGAUACAUAUUCCUCAGAAUGCUGGGGCUCUUUCUCUUUUCGAAUAUCAUGUCCAAUAUGGCCAUGUGCAUGCUGGUGGAUCCAACAGUCGAUCCAAAGCAGUUAAGUUUGCAAUUUGAGUUGAGAAAGCAAAGGACUGACUGGCACGAGUGCCGAAAGUGUGAGAUCUUGGCUCCUCCGCGUUCCUAUCACUGUAGGAUAUGUGGGGUUUGUAUUCUAACGAGGGAUCAUCACUGCUACUUCUCCGCCUGCUGCAUCGGAUAUGAAAACUAUCGAUACUUCUUCUACACUGUGCUCUACACAUUUGUGGCUUCGUUUAUAUCAUUCAUAGCCAGCAGCAUAUUCUGGUUCGUGCUACACGGUGGCAGCUAUGAAUUUUUCGAAACCCAUUUGAUAUGGAAAGAAUUUGUUAUCCCAGUCGCCAGAAUUGAGUUUAUAUGUCUCUAUAUUUUGAUGCUGGUCGUGCUAGUUGUGUCUGCCAUGGAAUUACACACUUGUUGGCCAAAUGUUCGAUAUGGGGCCACCUAUUUUGAAGCCAAUUCCAGGAACUUUUCGUAUGAUCAGGGAAUGAAAUCAAACCUAGAGAUGUUUUUCGGCCAGCGAAUGCAUUUGACUUGGAUCUCUGCAUUUAUUCCCAGCCAUCUGCCACACGAUGGCAUAAACUGGAGGAAAACAGAUGCCUGUAAGGGCGAUUGGGCCAUUCAAAAGACCAAAUAG